CUCUGCCUCCGCUCCCAGUGCUGGGGCUGCGGUCGUUUAGGUCUUUUCCGAGGGCUGCUUGGAGGGCGAGGCCCUUACCUCCCGGGGCCCGGGGUCGAGCCUUAACCAACUUCAAUCCCGGAAUGGCCCUGCGGCCGGUACCCGGGUAGGCAAGGGAACGGAAGGAAGGCGGCGGGAGACGAUUGUGUUCUAUGCGGAAGGUUUGUUCUCUACAGGGUGCCUGCUGAAAGGUCCUAGGGGGGAGGCCCUGCGCUCAUCCCAGCGCCGAAUUUUAGCCAGGACAUCAAUGCAAGACUGAAUAAGAAAAACAGCUUCUUCCUCUAAGCCAUGGCAUAUCAGUUAUACAGAAACACCACUUUGGGAAACAGCCUUCAGGAAAGCCUCGAUGAGCUCAUACAGAUCACCCCCCAACUUGCCCUUCAAGUUCUUCUUCAGUUUGAUAAGGCCAUAAAUUCAGCAUUGGCUCAGAGGGUCAGAAACAGAGUCAAUUUCAGGGGCUCUCUAAAUACAUACAGAUUCUGCGAUAACGUGUGGACUUUUGUAUUGAAUGAUGUUGAAUUCAGAGAGGUGACAGAACUUAUUAAAGUGGAUAAAGUGAAAAUUGUAGCCUGUGAUGGUAAAAAUACUGGCUCCAAUACUACAGAAUGAAUAGCACAAUGGCUUUUUGUAUGUCAUCUUCUGUUACUGUUCAUCACUUUUUAAAGAGAAGCCUAGAAGAGACUUUUUAUUUAUUCUAGCAUUACAGAAAUGACUACACUGUGCUGUACUAUCAGAGAAUCCAGUAGAAAGAAGCUUAUAACUCUGUAGCCUCUUACAUCACCUUGAUUAUACAAAAUGAAGAAACAGAACUUUUUUUUAAUGACAAAUCAAACAUCGUUGCCUUCCAAAUAGCAUUCUUUAAUAAACUCAUUUUAAAACUCAA